GCAAAAUUGAUCUUCUCCUUCAACGUUGUCUGCAACUCCCUCCAUCGACCUCUUCCUCAAGAUGAGUCAGCAACAAAAUGAUGCAUAUUUCACCAACUUGAUGAAUGAUGGGACUGAUUAUGAAUUUAUGGAUGAACCUCUUGACCAAGGGGAUCAGUCUUCCCCAAUCUCUCCUCAAAUAGAAACCACCAAGAAACCACAACGAGGUGGCAACUUCACUACAGAAGAAGACAGUAUGCUCAUAUCGGCGUGGCUUAACAUUAGCUUAGAUCCAGUGCAAGGGAAUGAACAAAAAUCAAAGGCUUAUUGGCUAAGAGUGUGGGAGUAUUUCCACCAGUACAAAACUUUUUCAUCUAAUCGUAGUCAAACUUCUUUAAUGAACCGUUGGUCAGCAAUUCAACUUGCCACGAAUAAGUUCAGUGGGUGCUUCGCCCAAAUCCAAAGGUUGAAUCAAAGUGGAAAGACUGAAAAAGAUAAGAUUCUUGAUGCGAAGAAAUUAUACAAAGAGUUGUACAAAUCGUCAUUUCCAUUUGAACAUUGUUGGCAUGAGUUAAGAGAUCAACCAAAAUGGCGAGAGGAAUAUAGCAUGAAGAAACAAAAACCAAAAAAAGUGGCAACUCCCGGCGUUUGUUCUCCUAGUGCACCGGAUUCAAUCAAUUUAGAGGACAAUGAUGUUUCACAUAAUGACAAUGUAGACUUGGAAAGACCACCGGGUAGGAAAGCUGAAAAGGAACAUUUGAAUAAAAGAAAGAAUAAAGACCGUGGAAAUGAAGGAGGGUCACAUAUUUUAAUAUUAUUAGAGGAUUUAAAGGAAGAUAGAAAGAAAAUGAAUGACAAGAAAAUAGAGAUGUAUGAAAGGUCGUAUCUUCAAGAGCAAGAAAAGAUUGAUAAUGAGAAAAAGAGGACGCAAACGGAACAAGAAAAGGUUGAUAAUGAGAAAGAAAAGAUACGAAUGGAACAAUUGAAGGAGGAAGAGCGAAUAAUGUCAAUAGAUACAAGUGGUCUGCCGUCAUUGCAAGCAGAAUACCUUCAUCGCCGCCAAAUGGAAAUUCUCCAAAAAAAGAUUUAGUUGUUGGAACUACCCAAAAAAAAUUUAGUUGUUGGAACUAUGUUUUUCACUUUAUUUAUUGUUGGAUUUGAUUCUCCAUUGUAGGCAGAACUAUGUUUUUUAUGCAGUUUAUGUUGGAAUUAUUUAUUAUAUGUUAAAAGUUUUUUGGAACUACCUAUUGUUGAAUGGUUGAACUAGUAGUAAUUUAAUUACUGAGUGGAAUUCUCGUUGAA